UGUGUUCGACAAAACAGCUCUAAAGCUCGGUUUAGCCUCCAGACUUCUUCAGUAAUUAACCUUCUCUCAGUGCUAACAAACCAAAACAACGACGUCUCCGCGGCUCUGCUCUGCUCUGCGGUCGCAGCAUAUGACGACACGGGUCACGAGUAAUGACGACAAAGGUCACGGCCAGGGACAACACACCAUGUAAACAGAGACACACGUCAUCACAGCGUUAUAUUCAAGCGCCAUUAAGAGACACAGAAGGACUAGGAACUGACUCAAACCAACUAAUACACACAGAAAUGUCAACAAAGACACAAAACGAGUCCGCAUGGUCACACAACUGCGGAGACACGCGGAGUGACGGCAAGAGCUGUAAACAGACCACAGACUGACCAUGUGGGAGAAAACAUUCCUGCUGCUGCUGCACAGUGUGGAAGCUGUGGUGGCGUCUCAGUGCUGGCAGGGGGCGACCUUCUCCGAGGCUGUGGUGUCCCCAGCGGUGGAGAGCAGUGGUAUCAUGCGGGUCCCUGGCGUGUCGUCGUUGCCGCAGUGCGUGGCGGCCUGCUGCGACCUGCCGGGUUACGACCUGGCCUGGCUGUUCGAGGGCCGCUGCUACAUCCUGAGCUGCCAGCAGAGGGAGAACUGCCAGCCCAGAGAGAGACCCGGGGCAGACUCGUUCCUGGCCUUCCUGCGGAGGGCGUCCCCGCAGACCCUUGUGCUUCAGUCUCUGGUGAGAGGGGAGCCGUACCGAGGCCGCUGGAGGCCCCUGUCACGGACCUCUGAGGCCGGGGACCUGGAGGCUCUGAAGGAUCUCGCCCUCUUCGAUGGGCCCGGCUGGUUCUCUGACCCCGGGAUCCUGGAUGUGGAGUAUUCAGAGGGAAGCCAGGAGGAGAGGGGAGGUGGUGGUUCAGAGGCGGAGACGACGACCAAUCAGCCGCCUCUGAAAGGAAGAGACGGGCUCAACCAAUCAGAGGCAGAGGAUGGUCCAGAGAGGGCGCCGACGCAGAGCAGCGUGGCCCAGAUUAGAGCCUCCUCAGGGGGGAACAUGAGCCGGGGAGAGGAGGAGAGAACCAGGAGGGCCGUCCAUCAACCACAGACUCCACCCAAACAGGACCAUGUGAGGACUCCAGCUCUGUCUCCUACCACGCCUCACUGGCCCAGCAGCACCACCACACAGCCAGCUGCUGAUCAGCCUCUGAUGAUGUCUGAUGGAAAACCUGCACAGGUGCUGACUACAGUUACACCUGAAGCUUCAGUUUCCCCUGAAACUACAACUGACCUGGUGAAGCUGCUCCAGUCGGCAGCCAGAGCUCCACCCCCCACCACUCCCCCCCCAUCCAGAGCCGUGACCUCUGACCCCACCACCACCUCAACACUGAGCGCCGUCCCUCCAACCACGACCUCACCCUCUGCUACGACUGCUGCUGCUGCGUCUGUGUCAGAGGGCAGGGGGUCAAACCGUGGUCCGGUGGCUGUCGUGGGUCCUGACAGGAAGUUGCUUCUCCCUGUGAGCAGCUUGUUGCUCAAUGGCAGCGGCAGCACCGACGACCGUGGCAUCGUCAGCUACCACUGGGACGCCAUCAGUGGUCCUCCUGGGUUAAAGCUGGAGGACGUGGACCAGGUGGUAGCCACGGCGACAGGUCUUCGCGUCGGGCGCUACACCUUCAGACUGACGGUCUCUGACCAGGAGGGGGCGACAGACAGCGCCUCACUGACCGUCAGGGCCACGAGUCUUCCUCCGGUCGCUCACGGCAGCGGCAGCCACACUCUGACUCUGCCCAACAACUCGCUGGUCCUCCAAGGCUCCGUCACCGACGGAGACCAGACUCAGGUCCACUUCCUGUGGGUCAGAGACAGCCAGAGUCCGGCUGCCGGGGACGUCCUGUACGGCUCAGAGACACAGGCCUCUCUGUACCUGGCCAACCUGGUGGAGGGCACCUACCUGUUCCAGCUGAGGGUGACCGACGCCCAGGGGCGCUCCAGCACCGCUACGGCCACCGUGGAGGUCCGACCAGAGCCCGGUGGGGGGGAGGAGGUGGAGCUAGAGAUGCUGGUGUCGGUGUCUCAGGUCAGUCUGGCUCAGAGGGACACGGUGGUCCGACAGCUCGCCGCUCUGCUGCACGUCCUCGACAGCGACAUCCAGGUCCGAGCGCUGCAGGGACACUCUCACCUCAGCACGGUGUUGCGGUUCUCGGGUGUGGGCUCCUCGGGGCCGCUCUCCGGCUCCAGGUUGGUGGGUCUGCUGAGGAACCAGCUGCUCAGAGAGAAGAGUGACUACCUGCUGUUCAGAGUCCUGAGGGUCGACACCGUCUUGUGUUUGCUGCGCUGUUCAGGCCGGGGUCAGUGUGAUCCGGUCACUAAGGAGUGCACCUGCGACCCCUUCUGGACCGAGAAUCUGAUCCGCCGUUACCUUGGUGACGGAGAGAGCAACUGUGAGUGGAGGGUUCUCUACGUCAUCCUGACCAGCUUCAUGCUCAUGGUCUUCAUCCUGUCAGUCAGCUGGACCUUCAUCUGCUGCUGCAAGAGGAGGAGACAAACCAAAGUGAGGAAGAAAACCAAAUACACCAUCCUGGACAACAUGGACGAACAGGAGCGGGUGGAGCUCAGGCCCAAAUUCAGUAUCAAACACCGCAGCACGGAGCACAAUUCCAGCCUGAUGAUGUCCGAGUCGGAGCUGGACAGCGACCAGGACAUCUUCAGCCGGGACCGACCCGUCCGCAGCAGGAACCGCUCAGCGCCCAGGCGCCGCCGCAAUGGAAAUGCCUUCGGAUGA